CCCAGAACAACAAAGAUGGCAGGAGUAGGAAGCAGCAACUACUGGGAAGAUCUGCGAAAGCAGGCCAGACAGUUGGAGAAUGAACUGGACUUGAAGUUGGUCUCCUUCAGUAAACUGUGCACCAGCUACAGCAGCUCCAGGGAUGGACGUCGAGGAGACACGUCAGACACCACCCCGCUGCUUAACAAUUCCACCCAGGACCGGAUGUUUGACACCAUGUCAGUGGAGAUUGAACAGCUGCUGGCCAAACUGACUGCAGUGAAUGACAAGAUGGCGGAGUACACCAACACUCCGGGCACAGCUUCUCUCAAUGCUGCACUCAUGCACACACUUCAGAGACACAGAGACAUUCUACAGGAUUACACACAUGAAUUCCACAAAACCAAAGGCAACUUCUUGGCCAUCCGGGAAAGGGAAGACCUGCUAGGGUCUGUCAGAAAAGACAUAGAGACAUACAAGAGUGGCUCUGGGGUCAACAACAGAAGAACGGAGCUGUUUCUGAAGGAGCAUGAGCACCUGAGGAAUUCAGACCGACUGAUGGAUGACACAAUAAGUAUUGCCAUGGCGACCAAGGAGAACAUGACCUCCCAAAGGGGCAUGCUGAAAUCCAUACAGAGCAGGGUCAACACACUGGCCAACCGUUUCCCAACCAUCAACAAUCUCAUCCAGCGAAUCAACCUGCGGAAGAGACGGGACUCUCUCAUCCUUGGCACAGUGAUCGGCAUCUGCACCAUUCUCCUCCUGCUCUAUGCCUUUCACUGAACGCGCCAGCCCGGGGAGGUGUUUAAAAGGGGCAGGACUGAUCUGCUCUGUUGUAGCGUGGGAACCGUAAGAGACUGAGCUCGGUGAGGCUCCCGAGCAGGACAUUCAGUUGGUCCAGUUCGUGGACGGGAACAAAUUCGGCCAACGUGAACUACUGAACUUGUAUUCAAGAGUGGGACAGAUGGAGGGCUGGUGGCUGGGUGCUAUUUUGCCAACACGGGAAUGGGAGACCAGAAGUACAAAUCAGACAAGAUUUUAAACAAUUAUAAUGCUAACUCUCGUGGAGAGAAACUGAGGAACGAGUGAAGAGACUGUGAGAAUGUGUGAUGCAUCUUUUUUUUUUUCACAGGUGGAAGGAUUUUAAGUUGAAUGGUCCUUUUUAAUUGAUGGAGUGGGACAGAUAGUUCAUUGUGGGCUGUAAAAUGUGAAUUAAUAAAUUAUUCAUAUCAGUACUUGCAAAAAGUUAUGUUACACUGCUAGAUACUGAACAUUUAAACCUUUUAUUUUUAAAAAUAUACGACUUGAACUCUG